AUGUCUUACGCAGAGAUGGCUGCCAAGGGCCCUAAGCAAAGCCCUGAAGAAGCUCGUGCACCCGCACCCCCACAAGUCGAACACACCCCUGAUGACAGUGUUCACUCGCUCGUCGACGUAGAUAGCCCCCACAUUUCUUCCGUGCCCUCUGACUACGAAUCACAAUCUAUCAAAACCGACACACAAGCCGAACGCAUACAACGCGAAGAGGAGGUCAAGAAGGAAGCUGAGAAGCUGAAAGAACGGGCUGCUGCAAAGAAGGAGUCUGCUAAGGAGAAGGCCAAGAAGAACGCUGAUAACCCUGUUGUUAUCGGCAAUGCCGUAGGCCUCGCCAUUGUUGGUGGUAUUGUCGGAUUCGGCGCAUACAGGCAAUAUGCACGCGGUGAACUGACUGGCAAAGUCGUCGCUGCCUGGGCCGCUGCGAUUGGGCUGUUCGGUGUUGGUGACUACUACGUCAGCCAGUAUUUCUUCAAGAGAAACCCGCCGCAAUAA